CGUCUCUGUGUUCCCGCGACCGCGCUCGCUCAGCCCAAGCUGCUCAACUUCCCGUCCGCAAACUCGUAUCGCGUUCCGGCGAAGCGCAGCGUCGAAACCUCGCGGCCGCCCUCGCUCUCGUUUGGCUAACGCCGCCGCCCGUCGUCGUCGUCCACCGCCGCCGCCGUUACCCGAGAGGAGACCAGAGGAAUGGCUAGCAGCUGAAGCGUCGGUGCGUUGUUCCUAGGUUCAUAGUAAUCUGGCGCCCCCACAGCGCCCUCCACUACCAGCCGUCCACCACCACCACCGCUUGUUCUGUUCUGGCUUGCUUUCAGUCUCCCCUCGACGAACUCCCGACGAUCACGACGCCCGCCCACUUCUCCGACUCUUUUACACCGCGAGCCCAACCCCAACCCCCCAACGUCGGCCUCUGCGCUCCGCCCUUGCUCAACUCGACUCAACCUUGCUCUCUCUGCCCUGCCCGGAUUCUUGCCCAUCUCAUCUCGCCACGAUGCCCUGCUUCAAGGGCAUUGCGGUCAGCAUCCAUGCAAAUGGAGCCCCGCUGCCCGAGCACGGCAUGCAGAAGCAGUCUCGUCUCUCGCGGAUGAGCACCUACAUUCCGGUGCCGCAGCCUCAGUUGAGCUCCGACUCCAACAAGCCCGAGCCCGCCAAGUUUGCCAUCUCAAUCACCCUCCUCACCCCGGGUCUACCCAUCCCCUACUCGACCCCGAAGCCCAGCGAUGCCAACCCUUACCCCAAGCCGCAGUUCGUCGGCGGCAUUCACCCCGGCUCUCAUGGCGACCGCGGCAAGUUUUCCGGCAUCGUGAACCCCUACAUUCCCAUGACGAACUCCGAGAACGAGACCAUUGCCGCCUACAUCUACUUCGACGGCCGAGCGAAAGAGGAGGUCGCUACCCUCCUGCGCCCAGGCGAGGAAACUUGGGUCAAUAGUCGUUGGGUUCAGGUUCCCGACACCGAGGGCGGUGGACUUGCCGAGCGCGAGUUUCUCUUCCGCGAGGUCGGCCUCGAGCGCUGGCUGAACGGUCUCGACCUGCAGGGACACGACGCUGCCGAGAAGCUGGAGAAGCGCCGCCAAAAAUUUGAGAAGCGCCGCCGACGACAAAAGGCCCUCGAAGGAAACGUCAGCAUCGAUGUCGACGAAGGGUCCAGAUCGCAACGGGACACCCUGCGUUAUGGCGCCGACGAAAAGACCCCCAUUGAGGCUGUCGGCGAUGACUCGGAUUCCUGGUCCGACGACGACGAUGAGCCCCCGGAGGCGACUGGCCAGAUCAAGGUGGCCAUGUUCCGAGUUCUGGCCUCUGGCGAAAUCAAGAAGGGCGAAUACUCCCCUCAGUUCGAUGCUCACGAUGGUGACGAGGACGACUUGAACUCCAACAAGGGCAAUGGCAACAUUGACGCUGAUGUCGAACACACCACGAGUUUCGCGAAACCAAAGACCCUCGACCCAAAGACGAUCAGCACACAGACGGUCACUGGUAUUGAUGGACCAGAUAAGCCCUAUGCGGUCUUUACCUUCUUCUACCGAGGAGAGCGUCAACUGCAGAAAAUCGGCGUUCUGCAAUCAUCCAAGAACCCCCAAACGACGCCAGGCUCAGCCAAACGACGAUCGGGACAGCUCGACUUCUCCAACCUCAACCCUCUGAAGGCCGGGGGCACGGUCGGUUUCUCAACAUUCCGCGACCAAGGCUCAGAGGCAGCAAGGCGGCGAAAGGCGAGGAAGAAGAGCAACGGCAACAUUGCUGAGGACAGCGAUGACGAUGACGAUGAUGACAGCGAUGCUUUGGCCAAAUUGGAAGAACCUGAUGACAAGGAUGUCGACGGAAAACUUGCCCCAGAGGACGCCCAGUUCCAAGGCGAACUUGCUGACGGUGUAAACCGCAUUCACCUUAAGAGAGCACACUCGGCAGAUCCCGACAGCAAGUCGACCCCAGAAGCAUCACAAGGGAACGACGCAUCUACCAGCAACAGUCCGGCUCCAGGACAAGUGCUCGGAAGCACCCUGGCGAGCACAGGUGGCGUUGAUGUGCCCGAUGCGGCUCUGGUGGGAAGCCCGCUGAAGAAGCAACGGCCAAGUAUGGAUUACUCCGCGAUGGGAAACUUUUCAGCCACACAGAACUUGAGUGCUGCUUUGGAUUCGGUUGUGUCUGGUAGCUCUGUGCCAGUAGUCAAGCCCGCAGUAGAGGCCCCGAAACUGACGCUAGCCGAAGAAGAGGAGCUGUAGUGCAAGAGUCGUUGGUUUUGCAAACUGCCACUUUGUUGGAUUCGUUGUCUUGAUAUUGGCAGUAACAAAAGGAGGCCUUUGAAGUGCUACAACGACGAGGAUUGCUGGAGUCACAAACAAACUUGGCUUGAUGGGCAGACUUGGUAUAGAUUCAGGUGCUGAUAACGCUGAGCCAUUUUUUUGUCAACGAAUCUUGCUACAGCACUGAUUCAUGUGUUGGUUGUUUCUGGUCCCGUCUCUUAGACCAUGGCGGCUGGAGCGUCGAAAGCGUUGAGGCGUUUACAAAAAGAAAAAAAGAACAAUGACUUUAUUGUACUGGAGGGCUUUUGGCUAGGGGUGCUAGGGACAAGAUGGCUUGGAGCCGUGAGGCAAAGGGUAUUAGAGGCUAGAGAAUCAUUAACUGAGCUCUUGCUUCGGCCACAGCAUUGAGUUUGUCGUUCUAGAAGUGAACAUGUGUUGUCGUUGUCAAAAA